CCCGGUCGACCCAAUGAUGUGAGACAAGCAUUGACUACAGCGCGGUGGAAUGGCAUUCGCCUAGUUGCUUUCGCAACGGGGGAAUCUGUCACAAUAUUCACAGGCUCGGGCGAGCUCUUACAGACGCUUGCCUCGGAUGAUGAGAUCAGAGCUGUCGAACUUGAUUGCAGAUCGGGUCGGAUUGCAAUUGCGACGACCAGAGUGAUUAUGGUAUACAACGUCACGCAUACAACUGGUCGAAAUAUCAAUUGGACAUAUGAGCGGGAACUCGUUGUCAAUGAUGACUCGAUUACGGCCUUAUCAUGGGGAGUUGACGGUGAACUGCUUGUUGCUGGCAGAAGUGUUAGGCUUUGGUCACCGAAAGACGCCGGUCCUACGGGCCUACUCUGGAACCAAGCGCUAGCGAACCCUGCAUACAUCGCGUCAUUCUCACCUGAUGCUUUCCUUGUCGCUUCGGUUGGGCUUUACGACCGCCUUGUGAAGAUUUGGCGACGAUCAACCAUUCACGGCCCAGAGCCGCCCAGCUAUGACUACACCUACCUCCCACACCCUUCCCCAGUAACAGCACUGAAAUGGCGGCAACCGUUUCAUGAGGAGCAAUCAAUUGAUAACGUGCUAUAUACUAUCGGCGAGGAUGAUGUGCUUCGCAUCUGGGCACCUACCAACGCGUUGGAGUCGCAUAAUCUGCAUUUAUGGGGAUCAGUCGACUUGAGACGAAGAUCAGGAGGAGCUGAUGCCAGCAAUGGAGAAUAUGUGGCUGAAACAUAUUGCGUGCUCAUCGACAAUGCCGACCUCGUCAUGGCUAUCGAAUCUGCCCUUACCUACACACACGAGACCCAUGCAGGCUGGGCGAAUUUGCAGCAGCUCAUUUCAACAGCGCAACGCAAUCCAGAGAUAUGCAUUGCCAUGAGUGCCAGGGGCAGUAUCGCCGCAUGGGCCUUGGAAAAUGUGGGUAGCAAAAGUCAGAACGAACACGCCAUGGUGGAGUUGUUUCACUUCGAUGAAGAUUCCCUCGCGCUGCCUUUCACUGGUGGCUUGGUGCAGCUCGUUGCUUUCAGCAGCGAUCGGUCAGGAGAAAAAGAUAUGACGAUAGUAGCGCACGACUAUACCGGUCAGGUUUACUCAUUUCACACUAACAUUGGAGAGCUCCUCGCACAGAAGCCAAUCGAACGUCGCAUGGCGUUGACUCACAAGUGGACCGGUCAUGUUAACAAUGUCAAAACGCUGGCACGGACGAUCAAUGGCAGAGGGUUGGUAACAUGGGACGGCGAGAAUGAAGCUAUCACAUGGUCUUAUCAAGUGGGAUGGACUAUGGAAUUAAGACUCAUGUCAUCCGUUCCGUCAAGUGCUCCGGAUGCGCUUGUUGUCCUACACGAUGGUCUUUACACACUUUCCGUUGAGAAUGGAAACGCCAUAUUAUGGGACUGUUCAAGACGUGAUAAAAAAGGGCAGGCCUGCAGCAAAUGCGCGUUACCAUUCAAAGACAAAACUGUAUGCCUGUUUGCCUUGCCUGAAGGCGAGGGAAGGGGUUUCGAAUAUACGAGCCAUGUCCUGGGGAUCUCCAACAAAAACGAAUGCUUUGUUUUGACUAUAAGUCUCCCAGAGCAAACAGGUCAUGCACAUAACGGUACAAGCGAAGCUUCUGUGACCCUGCUCGAUACGAUGUCAUUGGCAGUGGAAGAGGGAUUGCACCAAAUAUCGGCUGCGGACGCCAUGGGUUGGAAAACAACCCUACAAGAGAACAUUCUUACGAAAUCUUCGAGGGAGGUGCUUGUCACAGCAACUUCCAGUGGUAAGAUACAGACAUGGGCGGCGAAAGUCAUCAAGGGCAGGCUUGCCAUACUUGAGCUUGCUAAUGUGGAAUCUGGAGUGUCGAAGCCCUCCAUAAUCCGAGCAAGCUCGCUCAAGAUGAUUGCUGCAGUAAGUAAGGCGGGCAAUGAGCUGACAAUCUGGGAUAUGCGGUCAUCCCCAUUCACUAGAAGCGAGGACUUCCGUCAAGUAUGGACGGAUGAUCAAGUAAUCCAAGACCUGGAUUGGGCGUGCACGCCAGACGCACAGUCAAUACUUGCAGUUGGCUUUCCUCAUAGAGUCGCCCUUUUCUGUCAGCAGCGGUGGGAAAACCUCGACACUCGGGAAUCUUGGAUUCAGUUCAGAGAAAUUGACAUGACAAGGAUAACGCCACACCCGAUUGGCGAUUCAAUAUGGCUGGAUGAUGGUGCCCUCGUCGUCGGCGCGGGCAAUCAGCUUUAUGUCAUGGAUAAAUCCCUGAAGGAAUCACACGCAGCUCAAAACACCAACUCUGAGGUGCAGACCCUACCAGGCUCCGAUAUAUUCGAAGCUGUGUCUCUCCUGAACGGUCGACUUGCUGUAUAUCAUCCGCAGUUGAUUCAGCAAGCGUUUUUGACAGGCAAGGUUGUACUCGUGCAUACGAUUCUACUGAGGUUCCUCGACAACCUGCAACGCCACGACAGGGAGAAAGGGGAAUACAAGCCCAUACCAUUUUUAGGAUUUGGUAUUGACGAGUUUACUCGCAGAAAUGAUGAAGGGUCCAUGACGAAACAGGUUGCAAGGAGUUCGAUGUUCCUUGACGACGAGCCGCAGGAGGAUGGUGAAUCUCCAUCAAUUUUUACGGCGGAGAAGGCCGCGGAGCUGAACCAGCUUCUCGCCGAAGUCACGAUCCCGUAUCUGUCAAGAUAUAACCAGAUGCGCUUAGCAGCGAUCAUAACUUGUGUUGCCGAAAUCGAACAACAUCGACGGUCAAUGGAUUUGAACGGAGCGCGUUAUUACUUGUUCCUCAAGCUUCAUGGUCUUACGAAGCACGAGCGACAAGGAGGAGGUGAUGUGAGUAUGUCGACGCGGGAUUUCCUCUGGGCAUUUCACAGCACUUCUCAGGAGAUUCUGAUGGACAGGACCAUGCGAGCUUAUGACAACCGGCUAUCAUGGGCCGAUGCUCGUGAAUCAGGGAUGUUUCUCUGGUGUCGAAGCACGGAUACCUUGCGUGAGAAGAUGGAAGCAAUUGCACGGACCCACUAUACGCAGUCAGAUGAAAAGAAUCCCGUUGACUGCUCGCUUUACUACUUCGCACUCGGCAAGAAGAAUGUUAUGCUCGGACUAUGGCGGUCAGCUGGAUGGCAUCCAGAAUCCAAGGCCAUGCUUAAACUGCUAGCGAAUGACUUUACAAGCCCAAGAUGGAAGACAGUCGCCUUGAAGAAUGCCUUCGCACUUAUCAGUAAACGGCGCUUUGAGUUUGCUGCGGCUUUCUUCCUGCUUGGUGAUAGUCUGAAGGAUGCCGUGAACAUUUGCGUAAGGAAUCUCGAGGACUACCAACUUGCAAUUGCUAUUUGCCGUGUUUACGAGGGAGAUAACGGUCCAGUCUUCAAAGAUAUUCUGGAACGGCACAUUCUCCCUCUGGCUGCCGAAAAGGGCGAUCGAUGGCUUGCAAAUUGGGCAUUCUGGAUGUUGAAGGCCCGAGACAAGGCUGUACGAGGUCUGAUAACUCCUCUGGAAACCCUCAUCGAAAUUCCUGGACCAAUGAUCAAGUCAGACGACGCGUACGCUGACGACCCUGCUCUUGUCAUUCUCUACCGCGAAAUUCGGGAAAAGUCUUUACAAACAUUGAAGGGCGCUUCCGAGAUCCCACCAAAGCUCGAGUUCGACUUCAUCCUUCAUAUGGCUAAGACCUAUAACCGCAUGGGCUGCGAAGUCCUCGCUUUGGAUCUGAUAAAGAACUGGACGUUCGUCUCAGCAGCCUUGACUCUAGUCAAGAAACGGGCUGAGGAUGUAAACGUCAUCCGUCCAGGUCACCUACGACGACGAAGCUCUGUCAUCGCAGACAUGCCUGUCAAGGAAAUUACAGCAAAGAUGAAGGGUCUCAAAGCGCCUCCGCCAACAAUGUUUGAGGAACCGGACUUUUCUGCAUUUGAUUUUUAGGAGUAUCUAUGGUAGAGUAUUUAUCGGGAAGCAUGCCACGCGUCGUACGCAAUCGUGCAAAACGAAUCAGAGGUUCUUUCGCUUCAGAAGACAGUAUUCUCCCCACACUCUCUGAUCAUACUUUUUAAAUGGCAUGUAUACCACCCUCCCCAAUGGGCCGCUUCUCUCUGCGUCCAAGAACGGCUCACAAGCAACCUUCUCCCACGUCUCCUCGUCCUUACUAUAUCUGGGCUCAAGUGGAUCCUCGCCCUUUUCAGCAUCCUCAUAGCGCGCCGGAAAGUCCGAAUCAACCAAGUACGUACACUGAUCCAAAGGAACAUAACGCGACAUUUCCUCUUGAUUCACAUCAUUCAUGCCCUCGGGAAUCAUCCACGAUCCAGGUCGCCACCCC